AUGGCUACACCCCCCCUUACGAUCCGCAAUGUUACCUCAAAUCCAAUUGAGUUGAAGCUUCUAGAGCGUUUUGAAGCCCCUCAGUCAAGAGUCAAUGGAGGGGGCAUCACCAACAUCACCAACAUCACCAGAACGCUGAGCGGAUUUAUGAGCAACAUCACCACUCCUUCGUCGCCACAGCUUGCUGCAAAGUCCGAAAGCUUCACCAGCCAGGAUGUUUCUGUUCCAAUUGCUGCUUUCGAAACCCAACCUACGGACAUCGCAACCAAUAUCACGGAAGUUUUGCGAUUGACAUUCGAGGUCGAGGGACAAAGAUACAGAGUGGAUACACCUACCUUAUCCCAACAGUCAACGGUGCUCACACCGCUUUCCCCCAAUCCCCGCUUCGAGUUCACGGCUGUGUACCUCCAAAAGUCCUCCCACCUCACACUUUACUCCUCCACCAGGCUCGAAUCAUGGAUGGGAAAGCUCAAGCACGAAAUCCCGCUGUCGGCUCUCAGCAUACCGGGCACUCAUAACUCGCCAACCCACCAUGUAGCUCUCCCAUCGGUGCGUUGCCAAGCCGUGAGUGUGAAAGCGCAACUUGAAAAUGGGGUCCGCUUCCUCGACAUUCGGGUCCAACCUGAGAGCGCAGAUGAUGUUUCGAAAGAAGGCCUCGUACUGGUGCACAGCGCAUUUCCUAUCUCUCUUACGGGAACGAAGUACUUCCGGGACCUGAUUAACACCGUCUACUCCUUUCUUGAUGCAAACCCCACCGAAGCGAUCAUCAUAUCCUUGAAACGAGAGGGAGUAGGAAAGUCAACGGAUCAACACUUGAGCAAGAUCGUUAAAACUCAUUAUACCAAUGACCGCUGGUUCACAGAUAACCGCAUUCCAACGCUUGGGGAGGCUCGCAACAAGAUAGUUUUGAUCCGGCGAUUUGCCCUGGAUGACUCUCUGAAAGGAGAGAACAAUGGCAGAGGCUGGGCAAUUGAUGCAGAAAGCUGGCCAGACAACUGUGCGGAUGGGAUAUGCUCCAGCGGGGAGAUUCGAGUUCAGGAUUUCUAUGAGGUCUCUGAAAGUGAAAAUAUUCAUAAGAAGAUUACCUAUUCGACCGAUCAGCUUGCAAGAGCUGCCGAGGCUGUGUGCCCAGGGCCUGGGGACGUAGAGGCCGCCGCAGCGGAGGCGGCGAAGCAACCAUUCUUCAUGAAUUUCUUAAGUGCCUCCAAUUUCUGGCGGGCCGACUGCUGGCCCGAUAGGGUUGCAGCCAAGGUCAACCCAUCCAUUGUUGAUCACUUAUGCCGAAGCCACAACGAGACUGAGGGGAAAGGAGAUGGAAGCACAGGUAUAGUGGUUUGUGACUGGGUCGGGAACAACGGCGAUUGGGACCUAGUCAGAUGCAUAGUUGGUCAUAAUGCCAAGUUGGAGCUGCGAUAG